CAGAAAGAGAUUUUACUCUAAAACCCUAAUAUGGGUUUGGAGAUGGAACAUUUCGAUCAAAUCGGACAAGCAAAACCUCGGAUGCGUGGAUUCCGGCAAAAUUGCAGGCGUAGCAAUGUUCCCGCGCAUUUAUAGAACCUUAAUUCCAAGAUACCGCCAGAAGUCAUCGAAUGUGUAUGGACUCGAGUCAAUUUGCUCGAUUUCAAUCCUGUUUUUCCAUUCUGCUCGACAGUCAAAAUCAAACGUUGCUUUGUCGGAGUACUUGAUCAAUCAACGUGGGUUUUCUCCGGAAGUGGCUCGGAAAGCUUCGUCCUUGAAAAUUUUUCUGAGUAAGCCAGAGUGUACGGAUUCUGUGCUUUCUUACCUCAAAGAAACUGGAUUUUCGAAAACCCAGAUCGAGAGAAUCGUCUAUAGAUAUCCGAGGGUUUUGUUUUCGGAUAUCGAAAGUUCGGUUAGGCCAAAGAUUAAGGUUUUCCAAGAAUUGGGUUUUCCUUGUAGCGAUUUUGCGAGCGUCAUAUCGGCUGAUCCAUGGAUACUGGCAAGAAGCUCUGACAAGCAGAUUCUUCCCUCUCUAACAGUGCUUAAGAAGGUUUUAGGAUCGCUUCCUCUUGUUUCUAAGGUGGUGAAGAUGUGUGGAAACUUGUUGAAGUAUGACCUAGAGAAAACUCUGGUCCCAAACAUUGAGUUAUUGAAAAAUUGUGGCGUCGAGUAUAAGCAGAUUGUCAGCUAUGUCCUCACUUUCCCACGAUUUUUCCUAUUUAGUCCAGAAAACAUCAACGGAUUCAUCAAAAGGGUUGAUGAGAUGGGGUUUGAUAAGUCUUCUAGAAUGUAUAUUGUGGCCAUUGUGGUAAUGAGCUCAAUGACUGAAAGGAAAUGGGAGUUGAAGCUGAAGCUUUUUAAGGAUCUGGGGUUCACCGAUGAGGAUAUCAGGUUCGCCUUUAGGAAGAUGCCACAGUCUUUCGCUGUAUCGGAGAAUAAAAUCAGAGAAGUGACCGAUAUUUUGCUUGGCCUGGAUGAUGUUGAUGUUCCUUACAUAGUAAAACAUAUAGAUUUGCUACUUGGCAGUGUUGAGAAGAGGCUGAAGCCUCGGUUAGAAGUUUUAGCGAUUCUAGAAAGCAAACAUUUGUUGAAGAAGAAACAUUCUUUGUGCACAGUACUCAAGGCCUCGAAUGAGGCAUUCUUGAAGAGGUACGUGGAACCACAUUUGGCUGAGCUUGCGGAUACUGCUGUGGUCAAAAACAGCUUCCGUGAUAUGAAAGGAAUGGCCAACUAGGUCAAAUCAACAACAUGAGCCGAACCAAACUAGAGGGUUACAUCAAGAGUGUGAUUCAAGACGGAUUGAUAUACCUCUCAGCGCAAGCGACAGAGAUUUGGUUGCAGAUAUCCAGAAUUGCACGAAGAGGAAGAAGCUGAAGAAUGUGUGUUUUUUUUAAGGAAACCAUUGAUUUGUCUGUGAUUGGCAGAAAGGGAAUUUGGUUCCGGGCAUUUGAUAAACGUCGUGGUUUGCAUAUUGGUUGUGGAUAAUUGUGUAAAGGUUCUCGGAUCGUCUCUCAGAGCUGUAAACCCAGAAGAUGAUAGUUUUAUGCAGGAUUUAGGAUCUAUGAUUCAA